UUGAUCUCAAGCAACGAUGCCAUGAUACCCCAAUUACCCGUGAUUUUAUACCAUGAACAAACGUCCCUACUCAGGGUCAUUAUCCCACAGUGACUCUCAGACACCCGAGCUUCCCGAUCACCUGCCUAAUGACAGCCCGGAGCAGCACCGAGCUUCGGCGGCGGUUAAGAAACCCCGGAAUUUCAUAGCCACAGUGGCGUGCGAAAAUUGCAGACUGAAAAAGACCAGAUGCGACGAAUCCCGGCCAAAAUGCGGCCUAUGCAAGUCUCUUGGCUUGGAAUGUGUCUAUAAUGAGCGCAAGACCUCCAAGCGGGAUCACUCGCUGAGUUUGAUCAUGAGUACUCUGCAUCGACUUGAGACAAAGCUUGAGAGUGUUCCUACUGCCAUCUCCGGAGACAUUCAUUCUCUGCGAAAUGAAAUGAUCCAUGCACUAGAUGCCUCUCCAAGCGUCUCACCAUUAACACGACGUAAUUUUAACACCAAGGAGCCGGGGGGCUCAGACAGGCCCCAAUUGCAAGGCCUCACUCCGAGAACAGUCGACUUCAACAACGAUUUAGACCAUGAUAGUCCCGGCUACCUGCCUUCGAGCGCAGUGGACUCGAACGGCCUGGUAUCGAUCUCUUUCAGUCAGCAUGGGGUGAUCUCGUGGAUUGGAGCACAGAAUAUCCUCCCAAAGAGACUCCUGGAAGCCUAUGAGAAGCUCGGAAAGAAUUACGUGAUUGACAUCGAGAUGAAAAGACCCAUGCUGCCGAUGUACAUCUGCCCUUUCCCACCGCACGCUGGGGACAAUUGGUUGGAGACACUCCCCCUGGCUAUGAUCAAGGGACUAUCGGAUGCAUUUUUCACCACUUUCAACCUGUACACGCCAAUCAUCGACAAGAACUUCUAUUUUGCUUCGACGCUUGGCGCUGCGAUCGAAAGUAAUUUCGGGUAUACAAUCGAGAGCUGUCUCGCCUUGAACAUCAUGGCUCUAGGCUGUAUCGCAGUGCAUGCGUAUCAAGAGGGGAACUACCCUCUGCCAGGGAGCAGGACUAGUCGGUUUGAGCUGCCUGAAUGGAUGGGUGUUGUCUAUGAGGAACCCCCGGGCUUACGCUUCUUUAACGAGGCUCGCCAGCGCAUGGGCUUCUUGAUGUGUGGUAACGAUCUCCAAAGCUGCCAGUUCUACUUGCUCUCAUUCGUUUACUAUAGCCAGAUCCUGCGGCCCUUAGAUUCCUGGGCCAUGAUCCAUCGUGCUGCUACCUGCUGUCUCUCCAUGCUAACCAACCGUGACGUUCAUUUUGACGAGUGGGAAGGCGACAUGAAGUCUCGAGUGUACUGGAAUUGCCUCAUGAACGAGACAAUCCUUAUCCAAGAACUACAUGUUCCCCCAAGUGGUCUUGCACGCCUGGAGGAGCUUGUCCCAAUUCCAAAAUUCAUCAGCUUCGAAAGCGUUGGCUUCGGUGCCUCUCGCUCCAUGUCGUUGGACGAGAUUGAUGAUUCCUUUUUCCAAUACCAUUUCCUGGCGCAGGUCGCCCACCGUAUAAUACUCACCCGUAUCCGGAAUUCCUUGUAUUUCUACUCCGACUCAGGAACAUUUCCUCGCCCAGCCAUCAAUACAGAACUGCACCACCAGCUCGAUCAGUGGCGCGUCAACCUACCUGCCGCGUUGCAAUUCUCCGAUAGUACACCCAAUCCUUCUUCGGACAACGAUGCUGCCGCCUCUCCCCCGACAGAAUCACACUUGCCGUUUGACCCCACGCGUCAUGCCCUAUCCCCUGCAAUCGCCGUCUCCGAAGCCAUGCUCCGCGGCCGCUACAUGAUUGCCAAAUUCCACAUUGGCCGGCCCUACCUCUACAAAGCUCUCCAUAUUCCCGCCUCCUUGACCGACCACGAUCUCGAGCAGAUCCGCAGCGGACUGCUUAACGCUAUGAACUGGCCCGUCGUUGGGGGCAUAUUCCGUCGGAUGAAGAGCUGCAUCCCGAUCCGAUUUGCAUUCUGCUCUCAAUUCUUCGGCCAGAUCCUUCUUUUCUACUGUAUAUCCCAUUCACCCGAUGCCCGAUUGCGCGACACCUUGCCCUCCGGCUGGGAGCAAUGGAACCAAGAGAUGCUGCGGUUCCUGGAGAGCUGCGCACCGCAUAGUCCAGCUGUAGCCAAAGAUGUAGAACUCCUUGGCUUGUUGUAGCUUGAUGUAUCUAAAGAAAUUCUCGACGCAGUUCACGUGACAAGUUGUCAUCAGUGUC